UCAUUGUCAUUGUCAUUGUCAUUGUCUUAUCAUUAUCAUUUCAUUAUCAUUAUCAUUAUCAUUAUCAUUAUCAUUAUCAUUAUCUAUCAUUAUCAUUAUCAUUACCAUUAUCAUUCUUAUCAUUAUCAUUAUCAUUCUAUCUUAUCAUUAUCCUUAUGAUUAUGAUUAUGUGUGAGAACUAUUGAAUUGUUUAUUGGACAUAGUUCACUACUAAGACCUUUAUCCCAAGGUGCCGCAUACGACUGCAAUCUGACUACCAGCAUUUAGAAAAUACACUAAAACUGAUCUAUCCUCAGUGGCCGAUCUAGCGCAACCGUAUCGUCUACUCAAUCGAUGGCGACGUUGAUAACUCUGUCCCAAGAAGAAAUAGAUAGACAAAUGAAAGGUAGCUGCAUCCCCGACAGCACAGUUCUCUUCACCCUGUUUGCGUUUGCUGGUUCCGAUCAGAACACAAGUUGGUCUUUGCCAAACUUUCCGCAUCGUUGGAUGAACACAAGUCUGAAGCAGAUAGGCUUGACCUGA